GAAGGGGGAGGGCCGAUUGAGCCCCCGUCUCCUCCCUGCAAACAGAAGAUGUGAGCUCCUCUGAGUGGGGAACUGUUUGUGAACGAGCUGCAGAGCCUGAGCGGUGAACCUCAGGUGUUUAGAGCAGCCACUCCAACUGAAGAAGAAGAGGAAGAAGAAGAAGAAGAAGAAGAAGAAGAGGAAGAACUCUCGUGGCUCUGUGAAGCGUGGAGGCCAAAGAGGGAGAGAGAGAGAGCAAGAGAGAGAGGGGAAGAUGGACACGUGCGCCUGCGCUUUGGAAUUGUUGGGGAUGCUGGUGUAUAUUGGAUCAUGGCUGUGCGCUCUAGCCACCACCAUCCUCCCACAGUGGCUCACCAUGUCGACCGCUCUGCUGCCCGUCGAGAGCUACGAGCUGGGCCUGUGGGAGACCUGCGUGGUGCAGGACGUCGGGGGGAUGGAGUGCAGAGCAUAUGACAGUCUGCUGGGCCUCUCCAGUGACCUCAAACUCGCCCGCAUGCUCAUGUGUGCCUCCCUGGCUGUGGGCAUGCUGGGGAUGCUGGUGGCCAUACCUGGACUCUACCUGGUGAACAGCUGCAGGGAACACGGAGGCUACAGAACCAAGAGGACUUUGACCAUCAUAGGAGGCGUGCUGGGGAUGAUUUCUGGGGUUCUGUGUCUCAUCCCUGUUUCCUACAUGGCUCAUUUAGCCGUGAUACAUUUCUUUGAUGAUAAAGUACCAGAUGUGGUGCCCCGGUGGGAGUUUGGUGAUGCCUUGUUCUGUGGCUGGGCUGGAGGGUUUCUUCUCAUAGUGGCAGGGCUGCUGCUGGUCUCCUCCAGCGUUUGUUCACAGGUGGAGAAUACGCCAGCGCUGCAGAGGAGACAUCAGCUUAUGGGGACAGAUGUUUCCUUCAGGAAGCGCUCAGAGUAUGUUUAAAAGGACAAACUAUGAACCCGCUUAAAGACUGACAGCACAACACAAUCACCUAGAGCUGCACUUCAAUCUGCACUCAAAUCAUGAUGUAAAUAUAAAAGACAUCAUCCUGCAUUGUAGUUUCUUUAUAUGUGCAAAAAUGGAUCAAAUGUUUUGUAAAAAAAUGUAAAAAAGAAAAAUAGAGACCUUGCAGCAAAUGUGCCAGUAGACAACAUGACAAGAUACCUUAAAGAAGCUGAUGUGACCAGAAAAACAACUUUUGUAUUCCUUAUUUUUCAGGAUCAGUGCCAACAAUAAAGAAAAUGUAUUUUUUAAUCCUUUAAAUUGAACAUAUUACCUUUUAAUAAUGCUGUGAUUGUAAAUUAUUUUUUAACGCUUAAAACAUAGAUAAAGCGACAAUGAGUCUGUGCCUGGUUAUGUGCAGCACAUUCAGAUGAUUUCUAUAAAGUAUCUUAUUGAAAUAUUGUGAAAAGUUUUCUCUUUGUCUUCCUGUGUUGUGACUUCUGCAGGAAAAUAUUAA